AACGUGUAAAAAACAAACACUAUAAAUCUCCCGCACCCCCGAGCCCGGAAAGAGAUCUAGUGUGUCUGUGACUGUCAGAAACAAACAUUAUUUGGUUUUCUGAAUUGUUUGGAUUGCGAGAAAAAAAAAAAAAAGGAAAAAUGGCAAAGGAUAUUCGAUUCUUCGACCUCAACACGGGCGCCAAGAUCCCUUCAGUCGGCUUGGGAACUUGGCAGUCCGAUCCUGGCCUUGUUGCUGAAGCCGUCGCGGCGGCCAUCAAGGUUGGUUACCGCCACAUUGAUUGUGCUCAAAUCUAUGGCAAUGAGAAGGAGAUUGGCUCUUUGUUGAAGAAUCUGUUUGAGGAGGGUGUAGUGAAGCGCGAGGAUUUGUGGAUUACAUCUAAACUCUGGAAUACUGAUCAUGCUCCAGAAGAUGUACCACUGGCACUGGACCGGACCUUGAAAGAUUUGCAGCUGGAUUAUGUAGAUUUGUAUCUUAUCCACUGGCCUGCUCCGAUGAAGAAAGGAUCAGCUGGCUUUAAGCCUGAAAAUCUUGUGCAACCAAACAUACCUAACACCUGGAAGGCGAUGGAAGCACUCUAUGACUCUGGCAAGGCUCGGACCAUCGGUGUAAGCAAUUUUUCCACCAAGAAGCUCUCGGAUUUGCUGCUAAUUGCUCGUGUUCCUCCCGCUGUCAACCAGGUGGAGUGUCAUCCUUCCUGGCAGCAGGACAAGCUGCAGGCUUUCUGCAAUUCCAAAGGUGUCCACCUCUCUGGAUAUUCACCUUUGGGUUCCCCUGGAACAACCUGGCUUAAAAGUGAUGUCCUCAAGCAUCAAGUUAUAAAUAUGAUUGCGGAGAAACUAGGCAAGACGCCUGCACAAGUAGCUCUUCGCUGGGGACUUCAAAUGGGCCAUAGUGUUCUUCCCAAGAGUACAAACGAAACUAGAAUAAAGGAAAAUUUUGAUGUUUUUGGCUGGUCUAUACCUGAGGACCUGCUCGCCAAAUUUUCUGAGAUUCAACAGGCAAGAUUACUCAGGGGUACCACAUUUGCCCAUGAAACUUAUGGUGCCUACAGAUCCCUUGAGGAACUUUGGGAUGGUGAAAUCUGAGAAAUCUAUCUGUAAAUUUGAUAAGUGAAUGGAUCGAGGAGUGAGAGUUCUGUGAAACUGUGAAUCAGUAUACUCCUUUGUUGACUUGAGCAAAUUUUAUUUUAUUCCUGGUUUGAUGAAACUUUGCAUCAUGGCAUUCAUGCAAAUCUCUCUUUUCGAAACC